AUGUCUCUGAUCAGGACCUUCAACUCGGAAACUAACCCUUCCCGCCCCCUCCACCCAUCUCCUCUGGCCGCCUCGCAGAUCCGGGGCAUGCCUCUGGAUUUGAUCGACCGAAUACGCUCCUUUCCUCUGUUCCAGUCCACCCCAGAAUCGUUCCUCGCGGAGAUCGGCCUGCAUUUGCGGCCGCAACUAAACUCACCGAACGACUAUAUAUUGACGGAGGGAGAUGAAGCCAAGGCGAUGUACUGGCUCGUUCGGGGUGCGGUGGCCGUCACCUCCCGCGAUGGAGAGAGUGUAUACGCAGAAUUGAAGCCGGGCGCUUUCUUUGGAGAAAUAGGCAUACUUAUGGAUCGGCCCCGGACGGCGACAAUCAUCGCGCGCACCCGAUGCUUGCUCGUGGUGCUGACCAAAGAGGACUUCAAGAAUAUCCUUCCACGUUUUCCUGAAGUUGAACGAGCAAUAAGAGAAGAAGCUGAAGAAAGACUGCAGAUUCUGGAGAAGAAGAAAACUCAGGCCCAGCCUUUACCUAUUCGACCCGAGCGCCUCGCCGGUGAGCGCCGUGGAUCUAAACGGCUCCACGAAGCCUUCACCGGGGAUAUGAGCUUGGACGAUGAGCGCCGUCUCGAUAUCAUAAGCAAGAAACGGAAAUCUCCCAGUCCCGGCUUAGCGGAAGGGUCCACGUCGAGUGCUCUAGCAAAUGGCCUCGUGAAUGUUCGAAUGCUUCUAAAGGAACUACCUUUAUUUUCCCAACUUCCCCCAGAUAUUCUUCACUUUCUCGGCUUGAACGUGCAGCCGCGAACGUUUCCUCCCUUUACAGAUAUUAUCCGGCAAGACUCUCAGGGCCGAGAGAUCUAUUUUAUAGUGCGGGGAGAAGUCGAGGUCAUUAACGAACGGCCAGAGUCUCGCGCCGCCCGUCGAGGAGCAGACGCGGAAAGCCAUCGUGGUGUCCAAGUAAAAGCAAGGCUGAGACAAGGGCAGUACUUUGGAGAGGUCGUCAGUCUGUCAUUGGCGCCGCGGCGAACUGCUACUGUCCGCUCUGUAACCGCAGUAGAGUGCUUAAUGAUAAGCGGAGAGGUCCUUUCUGAGUUCUGGGCGCGUUGCCCUAGGCAUAUCAAGGAGCAGGUCGAGCACACAGCUAAGAAGAGACUGGAAGCUGCAUCGGGCGGCGACGUUGUCAUGGAAGAUGCGCCGCAAGUUUCUACAUUUGAUUCUCAAGAGCCGGUUAUACCGGCUGCCCGGAGACAAUCAAUGCCUCUCCUUACCUUAACAGAAAGUGACCUAGACAGCUUUCACAAACCAAGCCGAUUAGAGGAUGCGUCUGUUUUGAGACCAUCAGAUCCUGACCCAUAUCUGAGUGUCGAUUUAGAUAACAUGCGGGCAAGAUCACGUCGGGGAUCUCUUGCUCCAAUUGUUCCCGAAGACGGUACCGCAGCAGAUCAGCACACUCAAGCUCCUGGUUUAAAUCGCUCUCCGCGCAGCCUAUCACCUUCUAAGCAAACGAACGCACUCCCACAGUCAUCCCUAAGCCCAUUCAAACCGAUAUUUAGGCCUAGCUUUGGAAACAGUCGCGGAAUUUUCAAUGAUGAUAUUCUCAUUACAAUUCUCCAGCACCUUGAACUUCAUCAUCUCCUCCGUCUCCGCUCAGUUUCCCGUCACUGGUCUAACCUCAUUACAAAAUCCCCGCAUCUGCUCCAUUUCCUUGACCUCAGCAUUUAUAAUCGAAAAAUUACAGACGAGGUUAUCACGGAUUUCAUUUGCCCAUUCAUUGGCGACAGACCUCGUGUUGUUGACAUCAACAAUUGCUUCCAUAUGACUGACGAAGGAUUCAAUGCCUUGGCGAACGCAUGUGGAGCCAACCUUCGAGCAUUAAGGAUGAAAAGUGUGUGGGAUGUCACCGCUCCAGCGAUUCUUGACAUGGCAAACAAAGCCAAGGAGUUGCAAGAAAUCGAUCUUAGUAACUGCAGGAAAGUUAGUGAUACGUUGCUGGCACGGGUAAUUGGGUGGUUUGUCCCCGGCUCCCAGGCGCCACAGCAGCCGAAUGGAAAGGGAGCACAUAAGGGUCCGAUGCAAACUCCUAUUCAAACAUCGGCUGGUGCAGUGUAUGGCUGCCCUAAUCUGAAAAGGCUCACGUUAUCUUAUUGCAAGCACGUUACGGACCGUUCUAUGCAUCAUAUUGCCGCCCAUGCUGCUUCUCGCCUCGAGGAAGUUGACCUGACACGAUGCACAACCAUUACUGAUCAAGGAUUUCAGUAUUGGGGCAAUACGCAAUUCUUCCGCUUAAGAAAACUUUGCCUUGCAGAUUGCACGUAUUUGACUGACAAUGCUAUUGUGUACCUUACUAAUGCUGCGAAAGGACUGCAGGAACUCGAUUUGGUAAUGUCCACCGUUCAAUAA